AUGGGCAACCUUACCUUCCAGAUCACGCCCGACUCCAACAAGGACAGUGAGAGCAUCCAGAUGGGCCGUGACCUCAAGCUUUCGUGCCACGUGGACGCGCAGCCCCAGGACAAGGUCAACUAAAUAAUAAUAAUAAUAAUAAUAUUAAUAGGGUAUGACCCCUUUAUAAUGUCUUAUAAUCGUCUCAUAAUGAUGCAGACUAAAUAAGUUGAGAGAGUUGAGAAGGAUGAACAUUUUACGUAAAGAGACAUAAGCCUUGUUAUAAGACAUUAUAAAGGCUCAUACAUGAUUAUUACAAUGAGUUACAAUGAGUUCAGUAAAGUAUAUAUAGCAAUAUAUCAACACUAUGAAAUAACAUCUUGCUAUAUUAUUAUACUAUUAGGUCAACUACACGUGGUACCAGAACGCGGUGCUCAUCUACAACUCGGACAGCCUGAUUGUACUGCGCAGCGACCCAGACAUGGCGCCUGGUACUAGCAGUCUGGAGAUCGUGGAUAUGAAGUUCCGCGACCAGGCCACCUACAGCUGCGUGGCCAACUUCCCCGGGAGCACAGUGCCCGAGCUGAGGGUGGACAUCAACAUCACCCAGAGCAGCGGUGAGUGGACUGUUCCUUUGUUCUGUUGCCAUGUUCACGUGCUAUUGGAGUUAUUUCCGAGUGGGAAAUUUCACUAGAACAUACAAGUCGAAAUUACACGUGGGAAACGAAGAGAGAAUGUUGUUUCCCGAGUUGCCGAGUAGUGACAUUUCACCACUGACCUUUUACUUUUUCAACCAAAAGAUGAAAACAAAUCUGUUUAUGACAAUUACAAUCAUCAAUAGGGAUCAUUUUAUUUAACAUUUAUUUGAUCAGGGAGUCAUACUGAUGCCUAGGUCUCUUAUACAGAUGAGCCCUGAAAUACAUAAAUUACAGAAAAUACAUACAUGAAAAUAUAAAUAUAAAAUGCAAGCAGAAAGAAAAACACAGUCAUAAAAAACAAACACACAUAUCAAUCAGCUUUCUGAAUUGCCCUAGAGGCACCAGAACAUCAAAUUUAAAAACAUUUUGAAGAUUGUUCCACAAAUAAGGUGCAAGAAAACUACCUAACUCAGUAGAGACCAAAGGAAUUUCCAGAGUUAGCCAUCCCUGAGACUAAAGUUUAGCAAUGAUAGGUACAUUGGGACUUUUUGUAAAAGGGCUUUAUAAAUCAAAACAUACAGUGGCUUGCAAAAGGAUUCACCCCCCUUGGCAUUUUUCCUCUUUUCUUGCCUUACAACCUGGAAUUAAAAUGGAUUUUUCUGAGGUUUGUAUCAUUUGAUUUACACAACAUGCCUACCACUUUGAAGAUGCAAAAUAUUUUUUAUUGUGAUACCACAGAUUCUCAAUUGGAUUGAGGUCUGGGCUUUGACAAGGCCUUUCCAAGACAUUCAAAUGUUUCCCCUUAAACCACUUGAGUGUUGCUUUAGCAGUAUGCUUAGGGUCAUUGUCCUGCUGGAAGGUGAACCUCCAUCCAAGUCUCAAAUCUCUGGAAGACUGAAACAGGUUUCCCUCAACAAUUUCCCUGUAUUUACCGCCAUCCAUCAUUCCUUCAAUUCUGACCAGUUUCCCAGUCCCUGCCGAUGAAAAACAUCCCCACAGCAUGAUGCUGCCACCACCAUGCUUCACUGUGGGGAUGGUGUUCUCGGGUGAUGAGCGGUGUUGGGUGUGCGCCAGACAUAGUGUUUUCCUUGAUGGCCAAAAGCUCAAUUUUAGUCUCAUCUGACCAGAUUACCUUCUUCCAUAUGUUUGGGGAGUCUCCCACAUGCCUUUUGGCGAACACCAAAUGUGUUUGCUUAUUUUUUUCUUCAAGCAAUAGCUUUUUUCUGUCCACUCUUCCGUAAAGCCCAGCUCUGUGGAGUGUACGGCUUAAAGUGGUCCUAUGGACAGAUAUUCCAAUCUCCGCUGUGGAGCUUUGCAGCUCCUUCAGGGUUAUCUUUGUUGCCGCUCUGAUUAAUGCCCUCCUUGCCUAGUCCGUGAGUUUUGGUGGGCAGCCCUCUCUUGGCAGGUUUGUUGUGGUGCCAUAUUCUUUCAAUUUUUAAUAAUGGAUUUAAUGGUGGUCUGUGGGAUGUUAAAAGUUUCAGAUAUUUUUUUAUACCCCAACCCUGAUCUGUACUUCUCCACAACUUUGUCCCUGACCUGUUUGGAGAGCUCCUUGCUUGCUAGGAGGUACCCCUGGCUUAGCGGUGUUGCAGACUCUGGGGCCUUUCAGAACAGGUGUAUAUAUACUGAGAUCAUGUGACUGGUCAUGUGACACUUAGAUUGCACACAUGUGGACUUUACUUAACUAAUUAUGUGACUUCUGAAGGUAAUUGGUUGCAACUGAUCUUAUUGAGGGACUUCAUAGCAAAGGGGGUGAAUACAUAUGAACGAACCAUUUUUUUUUUUCUUCAUUCCACUUCACCAAUUUGGACUAUUUUGUGUAUGUCCAUUACAUGAAUUCCAAAUAAAAAUCUAUUUAAAUUACUGGUUGUAAAGCACUGUAGCAAUGUAUCAUCCUACGUGACAUGAAAGAGGGCCAAUCAUUCUGAAAUUAGCCCACCCAACUACCUCAUCCCCAUAUUGUUAUUUAUUUUGCUAAUUUGCACCCCAGUAUCUCUAUUUGCACAUCAUCUUUUGCACAUCUAUUAAUCCAGUGUUAAUUACGAAAAUUUAACUAUUUUUGCACUAUGGCCUAUUUAUUUAUUGCCUUACCUCCAUAACUUACUACAUUCGCACACACUGUCAGCUUCUUAACUAACUCAUCAAAAUGCUUUUUAAAAGAUAGCUUUUCAUCUAUCCAAGACAAAGGAGAUGAUUGUGGACUACAGGGGAAAAAAGAGGACUGAGCACGCCCCCAUUCUCAUCGACGGGGCUGUAGUGGAACAGGUUGAGAGCUUCAAGUUCCUUGGGGUCAACAUCACCAAUGAACUAUCAUGGACCAAACACACCAAGACAGCCGUGAAGAGGGCACGACAAAGCCUAUUCCCACUCAGGAGACUGAAAAGAUUUGGCAUGUGUCCUCAGAUCCUCAAAAAAUUCUACAGCUGCACCAUCGAGAGCAUCCUGACUGGUUGCAUCACCGCCUGGUAUGGCAACUGUUUGGACUCCGACCGCAAGGCACUACAGAGGUAGUGCGUACGGCCCAGUAAAUCACUGGGGCCAAGCUUCCUGCCAUCCAGGACCUCUAUACCAGGCGGUGUCAGAGGAAGGCCCUCAAAAUUGUCAAAGACUCUAGCCACCCUAGUCAUAUACUGUUGUCUCUGCUACCACACGGCAAGCAGUACCGGAGUGCCAAGUCUAGGUCCAAAAUACUUCUCAACAGCUUCUACCCCCAAGCCAUAAGACUCCUGAACAGCUAAUCAUGGCUACCCGGACUUUUUGCACUAAAUGGUAUCCACCAAUGGUAACAUGAUAUCCUCUUACGUAACUUAACUAAGUAUCGCCUUGUAACCAACAUCGGAGAAGGCGUGUUUGCGGAGGGGCAUGGUUUAUGUAACUAGAUAGCUACUUUAAUGGUGCCAAAAUUUGAAUGUAGAGUGACAGCAAAUGUAAUUACAAGUUUACAAUAUUCAUGUAUGACAAAGAUGUGUCUGGUGUUAGUUAGUUACUGACUAGCUAGGUCUUCAGCCAGCAUGGACAAAAUGAGGGGAAGGGUCAUUCAAAACUCUGACGCAGUUGUCAUGUCAACACAUCCAUCAGUGCUGCUUUAAACUGCAUCACAAGAUUCAUUCCAAAUGGGAGAUGUAUAAAAUAUAUAUAUACAGUUGAAGUCGGAAGUUUACAUAAACUUAGGUUGGAGUUUUUCAACCACUCCAUACAUUUCUUGUUAACAAACUAUAGUUUUGGCAAGUCGGUUAGGACAUCUACUUUGUGCAUGACACAAAUAACUUUUCCAACAAUUGUUUACAAACAGAUUAUUUCACUUAUAAUUCACUGUAUCACAAUUCCAGUGGGUCAGAAGUUUACAUACACCAAGUUGACUGUAACUUUAAACAGAUUGUACAAUUCCAGAAAAUGAUGUCAUGGCUUUAGAAGCUUCUGAUAGGCUAAUUGACAUCAUUUGAGUCAAUUGGAGGUUUACCUGUGGAUGUAUUUCAAGGCCUACCUUCAAACUCAGUGCCUUUUUGCUUGACAUCAUGGGAAAAUCAAAAUAAAUCAGCGAAUACCUCCCCCAAAAAAUUGUAGAUCUCCACAAGUCUGGUUCAUCCUUGGGAACAAUUUCAAAAUGCCUGAAGGUACCACGGUCAGCUGUACAAACAAUAGUACACAAGUAUAAACACCAUUGGACCACACAGCCGUCAUACCGUUCAGGAAGGAGACACGUUCUGUCUCCUAGAGAUGAACGUACUUUGGUGCGAAAAGUGCAAAUCAAUCCCAGAACAACAGCAAAGGACCUUGUGAAGAUGCUGGAGGAAACAGGUACAACAGUAUCUAUAUCCACACUAAAAAAGAACUGAAAAAGUGUGAGCGAGCAAGGAGGCCUAAAAACCUGACCCAAAAUUCACCCAACUUAUUAUGGGAAGUUUGUGGAAGGCUCCUCAAAACACUUGACCCAAGUUAAACAAUUUAAAGGAAAUGCUACCAAAUACUAAUUGAGUGUAUGUAAACUUCUGACCCACUGAGAAUGUGAUAAAAUAAAUAAAAGCUGAAAUAAAUCAUUCUCUCUACUAUUAUUCUGACAUUUCACAUUCUUAAAAUAAAGUGGUUAUCCUAACUGACCUAAGACAGGGACUUUUUCCUAGGAUUAAAUGUCAGGAAUUGUGAAAAACUGAUUUUAAAUGUAUUUGGCUAAGGUGUAUGUAAACCUCCGACUUCAACUGUAUAUAUUAUAUAGACCAUUGAUGCAAUUUCAAUGUUGCUUUGUCUAUCACCAAAUUAGCUUGAGAUGAUUCUACUGCAAUAUUGCUCACUGCAUCCAAGUUUCUUGACAUAGCUGUUUCAAAGAGUCAUAUUGGCCAGUCACCCUCUUUUCACCCUCUUUUCACCCUCUCUCUCUCUCUCUCUCUCUCUCUCUCUCUCUCUCUCUCUCUCUCUCUCUCUCUCUCUCUCCUGUUGCUCCUCCUGGUCCUGCUGAGUGUUGAUAGAUGAAGGAUUUGUGUUGAACUUUGACCACGGUUGCUCCGCAGUUCGCCUCGCUAGUCAACACACUGCAAUUAGCCUGGGCGUGCGAUAACCACUUUAGAGUUCAAUAAAAAUGGCCUUGCUAAUGUCAACAUUUAACCUUACUCGCUCUCCCCCACCACUCUUCCUCCCGUCUUCCUCAUCUUCCUCUUUUUCUAAUUUGUUUCCUUCUCUUUAUCUCUCCAUCUCCCCCUCUCUCCCAUCCCACUCCCUUCACACGCCCUCUCUCACCCUUCCCUUCCCCCUUUCUCCCACCUACAGUCACUCCCCCAAUUUUGACGGUGCCAGCUGGGGGCCAGGUUUUGAGCGUGAGGGAGGGAGGCACCGCCGACCUGGUGUGCCUGGUUGAUGGUAAGCCCCGCCCACCUGUGCUUUGGUCGCGCGCCGACAAGGAUCUGGCCAUGCCCACGGGUGAGUGGGCGGUGGAGACACGUGACGGGCGCCUCCGCCUGAUCAACGUCACCCGCGACCUGAUGGGUGCCUACCGCUGCCAGACGGCACCCUACAAUGGCCUCAACAUCAAACCACGCCAGGCGCAGGUUCAGCUCAAUGUGCAAUGUGAGUAA